ACAACCCUCAGCUCCUGCACCCCGCGAUGCAGCCGGACCUGACGGCCAGCGCGGGGGUCUACCGUGGCCCCAUGUACGCCCUGCAGGACUCCUCCGACAAGAUCCCCAUGACCAACUCCCCCCUGCUCGACGCCGCCGGCACCUACCCGGGGGACGCCGCCAGGGAUGGCCACUUCACGAACGUGCGGGGCAAAGCCCUGGGCUCCCAGCAUCUCCUCAGCUUGCCCCGGGAGCACGGCAACAGCGCCAGCGGCACGUUCGGCUACCUGGGGGGAAGGCUCACCAUCCCGGGCACCGGGGUGAGUCUGCUGGUGCCCCACGGGGCCAUCCCCCAAGGGAAGUUCUACGAGAUGUACCUGGUCCUCAACAAGACAGAGAGUGCCCUGUGCCGCCCCGUCGUCCUGACCAUUCCCCACUGCGCCGACGUCGGCUCCUCGGAUUGGAUUUACCAACUGAAAACACAGUCCCACCAGGGAAACUGGGAGGAAGUUGUGACCCUGGAUGAGGAGACCCUCAACACUCCCUGCUACUGCCAGCUGGAAGCCAAGUCCUGCCACAUUCUGCUAGACCAGCUGGGCACCUACGUCUUCGUGGGAGAGUCCUACUCCAGGUCAGCCAUCAAGAGGCUCCAGCUGGCAAUCUUCGCCCCCACCGCUUGCACCUCCCUGGAGUACAGCCUCAAGGUCUACUGCUUGGAGGACACGCCAGAUGCUCUGAAGGUAACGUCGCCUUGCGACGCCGGCGUGGGCCGCCCCUGCUCCCCAAAGCUGUUCGCGCGGGCGGCGAGAUGCUGCCGUCUCUCCAUCCACGACAUCCCCCACGCGCUGUGGAGGAGCAAGCUGCUGGCCAAAUACCAGGAAAUCCCCUUCUAUCACAUCUGGAGCGGCAGCCAGCGCGCCCUGCACUGCACCUUCACGCUGGAGAGGUACAGCCAGGCCUCCACCGAGCUCACCUGCAAGAUCUGCGUCCGGCAGGUGGAAGGGGAAGGGCAGAUCUUCCAGCUCCACAUCGCGCUGGGAGAGCACGCCAGCUCCUUCGACACCCUCCGCUCCCACCACAGCGGUGCCACCACCACCACCCAGCUGGGGCCCUACGCCUUCAAAAUCCCCCUCUCCAUCCGGCAGAAGAUCUGUAACAGCCUGGAUGCCCCCAACUCCAGGGGAAACGACUGGAGACUUCUUGCCCAGAAGCUUUCCAUGGACCGGUAUCUGAACUACUUUGCCACCAAAGCCAGCCCCACCGGGGUGCUCCUGGACUUAUGGGAAGCCGAGCACCAAGACGACGGCGAUCUCAACACCCUGGCCAGUGCCUUAGAAGAGAUGGGCAAGAGCGAGAUGCUGGUGGUCAUGGCCACGGAGGGCGACUGCUGA